AUGGAGGACGCUCCGGCAAUGAAGCCCUUCCUCGGUUGGGCGGAGGUGGUAUUGAGCAGCGUGAGCAAGGACUUUCCGGACUGGCAGCGGUCCUUCCUGGGUCACAGAUCCACGUACUUUACGUGUUGCUCUGGUUUGGGCACUGCCGAAAUCGCUUGCAAGCAGAUUCGUGAAGCAUCGGCAAAGGUCUUUCCGAAGCCCGUGCGGCUCAUCUGUCGUUAUGCAAUGGAUCCGGACCCCGAUUGCCAAAGGGCUUUGCUUUUGCAGGACACGGGGCAUCUUUGGUCCUCCAUUUAUGACUUCUUCCCAGAAAGCAAGAAGCAGAAGACAGGAGGUAAUGCGGAAAGCAAGGUCCGUCACUUCUGCGACAGCUUCGACGCACGAAUCGAUGAUCCCAGAACCAACGUCCUCUUUGGCUGGCUUGCAAUGGUCAAGCAGCACCGGCUCUUCUGGGCCCUGCAUGAGAAUGUAUGGGGAUUUCCGAGUUUCGACUUGAAUAUUCAAGGUGGGAUGGAGAUGCUCGAUGCAGCGUUGCCGGAGUUUCAGGUUUUUCACUUGAAAGGGAGCCCUGCUGACUGGGGUCACAUUGGAAUGGCCCGCCCACGUGUGUGGUCCAUCGUGUACCAUCGGGAGAAGGUAGAGGUGCUCUUCAAUCCAGGCGAGGUCUAUCAGAUCCUCUGCUGCACCCUACGCAAAGGCUUGGGGAGCCUUCCUGCGUCCAUCUUCUGGCAGCACACGCCGCCUGCUGACGUGGUCGCGAUGGAGAACAGUAUCAGGGAGCAGCGGCAGCUGGCAGCCCUGAGCUCUGGCCCAUCAGAUGACUGGUCCUACCUGCUGACAGAGAGCCAGCAGAGGCACUUGAGUGGUUAUGAAGCGAAGUGGAGACAGCUUCAUGGUGGUCCUUCUGAUCUCGACGACGGCUGUGUCUUCGACCUGAGCCAGAAUCCUGAGCACUGCUGUCUUUGGACGUCACGACACGGGUCCCUCCCGACCUUCCGGCGCAAUAGUAAGCUAUGGGUUCCGUGUUUGAAACGAUUCCUCUUGCCGCGUGAGGCGGCCCUUCUCAUGGGCUUCAGCGGCCCAUCUUUGCAGCACGUGCAUCAAAACAAUGUCGGGAAUGCGAUGAGCUUGCAGACGGUGGGUCUGAUGAUUCUGGCUGCUCUUUUAAGUGCGGCCCCUCUCCCCAGGGCAGCUCCAGGCCCGGAAGUGCCUGGAGCUGCCCACGUGACUGCGGUGAAGAAUUAA